AUGGGCCAAUACACAAUAGCAGAACCAACAGGUCAACCAUAUGAGGAGAUAAAUGAAGAACGGAUUGGAAGUGACCUUAUCUCAGUCUCUUUGGAGCCUGGGCAUUUUAUUCUCUCUCUGCUCGAAUAUAAAGUCGAACCAUGGGGAAGAAGGCUCAAGGUUAUCACCUUAAAUCCCUCGGUUCGACAUAACACCGACCCCGUAUGCGCACCUCAAGCUGCAGAUAGAAUCUUAAUCGCACUGACAUUCCGUCUUCUUCGUCCAAGCGAAAGUAGCGAGGCUGUCAGCAAACUCCGCGAUGUGGAUCGCUUGGGUUUGAAAACAUUCAAGUCGUCAGACAAACCUCGAAGUUGA